AUGAAGAUCUCAUAUUUGAUUGCCUGGGUCAGAUUAAAAGUAAAUAUUUAUAAAAGAAAGAUCAGAAGCAAGAUAGCGGCCCCCGUGGAUCUGGAGUUGAAGAAGGCCUUCACAGAGCUUCAAGCCAAAGUUAUUGACACUCAACAGAAGGUGAAGCUUGCAGAUGUACAGAUUGAACAGCUGAACAGAACGAAAAAGCAUGCACAUCUUACAGAUACAGAGAUUAUGACUUUGGUAGAUGAGACUAACAUGUAUGAAGGUGUAGGAAGAAUGUUUAUUCUUCAAUCCAAGGAGGCAAUUCAUAAUCAGCUGUUAGAGAAACAGAAGAUAGCAGAAGAAAAAAUUAAAGAAUUGGAACAGAAAAAAUCCUAUCUGGAGCGGAGUGUGAAGGAAGCCGAGGACAAUAUCCGGGAGAUGCUGAUGGCGCGAAGGGCACAGUAGGCAGCCUCUCAGGAACCUCUUCCUUCUGAGCCCUGCCAUUCCUGGUGAGGGGCCUGUGUAGGGAAACUGCUCUGCCUGAGGGACAUUUUAUCUGGAUGGUCUAGUAACCUUAUGUUUUAUGCAUGGCCUGGAGCCCCUUUCAGUCUCAUCCUUGUAUGUUUUAUCCUGGCUCUGCCUGCUACCCUUCUCCCCUGUGGUUGAAUCAUGAACUCCAGGGAAGGGAAGAUGGGAGCCAGGACAGACAGGGGAGUUCUUCCGGGGCCUACUGCUGGUCACGCCGGUCAGACCAAUAAAAGACAUCUGUCCCACUCUAAAA